AUGAAGAAGUCUUUUGACGUGAAAGAGAGAGAAGCAUUUCUCAAGGAAAUUGAAAUUCUUAGGAGCCAAUUGAAGUCAUGCACUGAAACACCAGCAAACAAAUCAAUUGACAGGCUUAGAUCCUCUUUGUUGUUGCAAUCUAUCCAGUUGAGAAGCAGCACAUAUGCUCGAGGUAAUAAUGAGGAAGAAUUCAAGAAGGAAAGACUAAGGUGGAUGGAAAUGGAGAGCGAGUGGAUUUCAUUGACUGAUGAAUUGAGAAUUGAUCUUGAGUCCAUCUGUCAAAGAGCAGAAAAGGUGGAGAUGGAAUUGAGAUUAGAGAAGAAGUGCACAAAGGAAUUGGAUGAUGUACUAAAAAGAUCUGUUCUUGGGCAUGCUAGACACGGCCACUGA